CGUGGGUUCGCCCGUGUGACGCAAUUACAACAACUUUAAUCUGCUGGAGAACACAACUUUGAGAUUGUUUGAAUACGUUCGGCGUUUUUAAGUGUGCACGGGCCGCGCGUCGCGCAUCAACACCGAGCGUCGCGUCACAGUGUAUUCCUGCAAAAACAAUGUGAGAGGACGCGCCGCUGGAGGGCCAGCUCACUUCACUCGGGGCUUCAGGAGCUGAGGCGCGGUUUACCGGAGAAAAGUUCGCGGUUAUUGUGGCUUUUUGGACGCACGGAGCUCGCCUUGCCUCGAUUUCUCGGCGCGAUUCCAUGAAAUCGUGCGGAGUGUCGCUCUCCGUCGCCGCCGCUCGCCGCCUCAGCGCUGCUGCUGAUGAGGAGAAGAAAAUGGCGGCGGGAAAAGCGAGCGAACCCGAGGAGGACGCGCCGCGGCUGAGCGCGCAGGAGAGUGACGCUCUGGCCCGCGUCGACAGCUCUCUGUUCGGAGACCAGCGGCUUCAGGAAGAUGGCGCCAGCAUGAAGGCCCUGCUCGUGAAGGCUGUGCGCUGCUACGAGGCUCUCAUCCUGAAAGCUGAAGGAAAAGUGGAUCCCGAGUUCUUCUGCCAGCUGGGGCACUUCAACCUCUUACUGGAGGAGUAUCCGAAAGCGUUAUCGGCGUACCAGCGGUACUACAGUUUACAAUCAGACUACUGGAAGAAUGCUGCGUUUCUGUACGGCCUCGGGAUGGUUUACUUCCAUUACAGUGCAUUUCAGUGGGCGAUCAAGGCGUUUCAGGAGGUGCUGUACAUCGACCCCGGCUUCUCUCGUGCUAAAGAGAUCCAUCUGCGUCUCGGCCUGAUGUUCAAAGUCAACACAGACUACGAGUCCAGCUUAAAGCACUUUCAGCUGGCGCUCAUCGACUCCAGUCACUGCACUUUGUCCAAAGCAGAGAUUCAGUUUCACAUCGCGCAUCUAUACGAGAUCCAGAAGAGAUACCGUGCAGCCAAAGAGGCCUACGAGAGUCUCCUGCAGACGGAGGACUUACCUGCGCAGGUGAAGGCAGCGACCUUUCAGCAGCUGGGCUGGAUGCAUCACACGGUCGAGCAGCUGGGAGAUAAAGCUAAUAAGGACAGCUACGCCAUCCAGUGUCUCCAGAAGUCGCUGGAAGCCGAUCCGAACUCCGGCCAGUCCUGGUACUUCCUCGGCAGGUGCUACUCCAGUAUCGGGAAGGUCCAGGAUGCGUUCAUUUCAUACAGACAGUCCAUAGACAAAUCAGAGGCCAGCGCAGACACGUGGUGCUCGAUCGGAGUGCUGUAUCAGCAGCAGAAUCAGCCCAUGGACGCGCUGCAGGCCUACAUCUGCGCCGUGCAGCUGGAUCACAGUCACGCCGCGGCCUGGAUGGACCUGGGCACGCUCUACGAGUCCUGCAACCAGCCGCAGGACGCCAUCAAGUGCUACAUCAACGCCACGCGCAGCAAAGCCUGCAGCAACACACCUGCGCUGGCGGCCCGCAUCAAAUACCUGCAGGCUCAGUUCUGUAACCUCCAACACAAUAGUCUACAGAGUAAAAGUAAAUUGCUUCCUAGUAUUGAGGAAGCCUGGAGCCUCCCAAUCCCAGCAGAGCUAACGUCCAGACAGGGUGUCCAGAGCACAGGCCAGCAGGCGUGUAAAGCUCAGCCCGGGUCAUCAGGCUCCGGUCAGUCGCUGCCCCCCCACGUGAGUCCGCUGGAUCAGGCUGACGAUCAGUCCAGUCCAGCCAAGAGGAAGAGGACCGCCAGCCCUGCCAAGAGUUCUGCAGAGUCUUGGACCCACAGUUCAGCACAGCCACAAACUCCGAACUGGUACCCGUCUCCUCAGAAGCUGCAGUUGCUGGAGCAGUUGCGAGCGAACCGGACGAGUCUGAAGCCGCUUCAGCUGCAGAUGUUGGAGCAGUUGGAGGCUCAGCUGUCAGACAUGCACCAGCAACAGAUGAGGCAAAACUCUUCUGGGCAAAUACGAGCCAGCCUCCCCAACGGCCCCUCACUGCCUGCUCACCCUGUUCCUCGCGCUCCGUCCUGCAGCGCUCCGCCGCUAGCCAACGGGCCGCUGCCUCCUUCAGUCGGCAAUAAUCACACGCCAGGAACCCGAGCGAACGGAGACGUGCCUUACCUGCACCCCAACACACUACCUCACAACUGCACAAGCCCAGGAGACACCAGGAAGAGCCAGCAUCUCACCUCCGCUCAGGGGCUUCAGAAAGGUCUGGGUUCGCUUUGGGCAGGUCCUAAUGGAGACCGGACUCUCUCUUCCAGUGCUUCAGCCGACGGCGGCCCUCACAAUCAGGUUGGACUUUCCGCCACGACCCCAUCGGAGCCCGCUGUUAAUCAUCUGUCCUCUCCUUCCUCCACGUCGUCCCCUGCUUCUUCCUCCUCGCAAACGGCUACCUCAGGUGUGCCCCACGGCACCGCCCCGACCAAAGAGAGCGCCGCCCUGCAGGGCAACGGUUCCACUGCCGCCAACCACCCCAGCCCUGACCGCUCGCCGCCGGCCGCUUCCGCAGACAAUCCGCAGCUGUCCAAGAGGAGUCCGGCCGCCGGCUCCAGGGCCAACCACGUCCACCCGGGCUCCAGCGCCUCCUCGCCCACCUCGUCCCCAUCGCCCCGCUGCGCCGUGCCGGCUGCCGUUGAACGGGAGCGGAGGGGGAGCGUGUUCGGAGGACUCUCGGAGCCCGCUGAAGCUGGAGCCGCCGGAGCUCUGCAUCAGAGCAGCUCUCAAACCGUCCACUCGUCCUCCACCGUCUCCAUUUACCCCACAUCCGCAGACGUCCUGAAGGCCUGCAGGAAUCUUGGGAAGAAUGGGCUGUCGAGCAGCAGUAUCCUGCUGAACAAGUGUCCUCCUCCGCGGCUUCCUCCUCCUCCGUCGCCGCCGCUGGCUAAAGACAAACUCAACCCACCGACGCCGAGCAUCUAUCUGGAGAAUAAAAGAGACGCGUUCUUCCCGCCGCUGCACCAGUUCUGCACCAAUCCAUCCAACCCUGUCACCGUCAUCCGCGGCCUGGCCGGAGCACUCAAACUGGAUCUGGGCCUGUUCUCCACGAAGACACUAGUAGAAGCAAACCCAGAGCACCUGGUGGAGGUGCGGACGCAGCUGUGUCAGCCGGCCGAUGAGAACUGGGACGCCAGCGGUCAGAGGAAACAGUGGCGCUGCGAGAGCAGCCGCUCAUACACCACCAUCGCCAAAUACGCACAGUACCAGGCCGCGUCCUUCCAGGAGUCUCUGCGGGAAGAGAAUGAGAAGAAGGGCCAGAAGGAGCUGUCAGACUCUGAAAUGACGUCAUCAGAAACUGUUUCCAGGAGGCACAAGGGUCCUUUCAAACAAGUCAAGUUUGGGACCAACAUUGACGUCUCCGAUGAAAAGAAGUGGAAGCUGCAGCUGCAGGAACUGAGUAAGCUGCCUGCGUUUGCACGUGUGGUGUCCGCCGGGAACCUGCUGAGUCACGUGGGCCACAGCAUUCUGGGUAUGAACACGGUCCAGCUCUUCAUGAAAGUCCCGGGCAGCAGAACUCCAGGCCAUCAGGAGCACAAUAACUUCUGUGCGGUCAACAUCAACAUCGGGCCGGGCGACUGCGAGUGGUUUGCCGUGCCGGAGCCGUACUGGGGCGUGAUGAGCGAGUUCUGUGAGAAGAACAACAUCAACUUCCUGAAGGGCUCGUGGUGGCCGAAUCUGGAGGAUCUGUACGAGGCUAGCGUGCCGGUGUACCGCUUCAUCCAGCGGCCAGGAGACCUGGUGUGGCUGAACACGGGGACGGUGCACUGGGGUCAGGCCAUCGGCUGGUGCAAUAACAUCUGGUGGAACGUGGGCCCUCUGACCGCGUAUCAGUACAAGCUGGCCGUCGAGCGUUACGAGUGGAACAAACUCCAGAGCGUCAAAUCUAUGGUUCCCAUGGUGCCUUCCUGGAACAUGGCGAGGAACAUUAAAGUGUCCGACCACAAGCUGUUUGAGAUGAUCAAGUUCUGUUUGCUGCGGACGCUCAAGCAGUGUCAGACGGUUAAAGAGGCGCUGGUGGCUGCUGGGAAGGAGACGAUCUGGCACAGAAGAAGCCGAGACGAGCCGGCCCAUUACUGCAGCAUCUGUGAGGUGGAGGUGUUUAACCUUCUCUUUGUGACGAGCGACAGUUACUCCAGGAAGUCCUUCGUGGUUCAGUGUCAGGAUUGCGCUCGGAAGGCCAGCAGUGACCUCGACGGUUUCGUGGUGCUGCAGCAGUACAGGAUGGAGGACCUCAUGCAGGUUUACGACCAGUUCUCAUUAGCUCCUGCUCUGCAUUCGUCUGCAUCUUGACAGUAAGACGCCGUACAUGUGGAGAAUAUCGCAUUACAGGAACUCUCUAAACGGACCAUUUCUGAUAUUCAGGACAGUCGUGCUCGUCUCUCGCGUGGCUGGUGACCAUCGGAGAGCACGGGACCGUCCACUCGAGUGGCUGUGUGUCUAUGCAACCUGUUUAUAAACUGCAGUGUGUGACUGUGGCCUGCGGGGGGCGGUAGUGAGCGAACUUCCUCUCUACGCACCUCUUCCUGAACGGGCCGCUCGCCUCUGCUUCACGUGAGAAACUAAUCACAACACCUGGGGAGGAUAUUAUGGGAAACUCGUUUUGUACAUAUUGUCUGUCACAACUGGCAUCGUCACUUACAGACUACUGACUUGAGACGUUCUUUUUGUAUUUUGUUAACAUGCUGAAACCUGGAAUCUCUUUCCUUGUGUCUCAAGGGUUCGCCUUCACGAAGGAGCGCUAGCCUAGCUUUUUGUAUGGUAGAUAGCGAUUUUACGAUGACUUUGGAUGGCAAAAUCUACAACAAAAAAAAAAAAAAAUUUGUAAUGUGAAGAAUUAGGUGAGAUAUAAUUUUUUACAGCUUUUGUUUUACUGGUCUCGUUCUUUUGACACCAUGUUCAAUAUUUUGUUUCUUAGGUAAGAAAAAGGAAAAAAUUGUGGAAAAAACAUAACAGCCAAGUCACAAAGAAAAUGGGUUGCACAUAGAGUAAGAAAUAAAGUUUAAAUUGUUUGUUUGUUUUUUUCCUUCCUUGUUUGUUUCUAAUCCUGAUGUACAUUUACACUAUUUAUAAAUACAUAUUUAUUGCUUGAAGAUAUUUGUGGAUGGAAUGCUGUUAUUUUUCCCAGAGUACCUGCCAUUAAAUUUGAAGGAGUUUGGUCAUUUAAACUACUCCUGCAUUUUUCUAUAUAGAAUUAAACUGCUUAGUAAGCAUUGUACAGAAACUAUAAAUUGUUUUAUUGUUUGAAGAAUGUUUUAUGAGUUAUUAAACAAGUUGUCAACAUA